AUGUCAUCACGAAACCGCCAGCCUAGAGCCAGUUUGAAUCAAGAUGCAGACGAAGAGCGCAGGUUGUGGAAUUCAAUUAGAGAGGGAGCGAAGAAGAUUGAUAGUAUGGUGGCGCGGUCGGCGGCCAUUGGGCAAGAGAUUAUAGAUGUGGAAAAGGAACAGGCUGCUCUAUUAGAAGCAGGAGAACUCACCGACAUGACCCUCGACGACCGUCUAGAAUCCCUCUACCGCGAAAACGUCAAAAUCAGCGAAGACGUCAGCCACAUCAUUGACGGAAAAUCCGAUGAAAUGAGUCUCCUCGACAGCAUAAAAAUCCUCGCUGGAUUGCGCGAAGCUUCUGAGGAGUCAUUGCAUAUGUCGCGAUCACAUAGCAGUUCCAAAGGUAGGAAUGCAAACCUAAAAAGGAAGGCGGGGAGUAUGGAUAUUGACGAUGAGGCGAGUGGGACGAGUAGUCCUAGACCGGGUGGUAGACAGGGGACGAAUGAUAGAUUGGCUGUGGAGGGAAAGAGUAGAGAGAGGAAUAGAGAGAGGAGUGUCACCAGCACUAGGGAAGUCAGUGUGAAGCUGGAAGACGGAGCUGAGAGCGUGGCAUCCAGCGUUGAAGCAAACGAACCAAGAUCCAGCAGACUACAACUCUCCCUCGGUGCCCACGUCUUCUACCGCAACAAAGGCCGCACACAAGAAGGCGAAGGCAUCCUCUGCCGCGUCACAAACGUCAUUGGAGAAGGCAAACAACGCCGCUACGAGAUCCAAGAUGCAGAUCCCGAUCCAGUGCCCGGCGGUGAACUACCACCACCUUACCGAGCUUCUGUCGCUCACCUCAUGCCCAUUCCCACUGAGAACAAAGGCCUUGCCGAUUUGAACAAGGGUCGUCAUGUUUUGGCUCAAUAUCCUGACACGACUACAUUCUACAAAGCAGAAGUCAGUGCGAAUUGGCGAGCCAAAGAUAUCUCUCUCGACCGUGGCGAUUAUGUUCGUCUGAGCUUCGAGGGCGAUGAGAUGAAGGUCAUGGAAGUGGAACGUCGCUUUGUGCUUGCCGAGAAGGAAAAGUAG